GUGAGACCUAAACUAAGCUGACAUAGUGACAAUUAUAGUGAGUUGUGACAUUAAUAGUACAUAAGUACAUUAUACUGACGACUGGUUAGCAGUUUUGAAUGUUUUGAUCGACUUCUGAAACCUGAGCUCUGAAUAAUAUUACACGCUGAAGUAGUGAAUAGUGAAUACAGUGAAUUGGACAUAGACAAGUGUACUUAUUUAUUAUUAGGCUAGUACCUAGUCUUUAAAGUUCUAAUAUUUUAUGUAUAUUCAGUGUUCGUUAUUCAUUAUCGAAAUUCAGACUUUCGUAGUCCUUAUAUAUUAAUAAUAGAUAGUUGAUUUAUCGUAUCAAAAGAUUCGUAUUAUUCUAAAUUUGUUUAGUGGUGUUUUACAUUGUCAUCGACCACCGACGUCUUUAAUUGUGGUCUCUACUCGAAUAGUUAUAUACGGUUUUUUGCAAAUUUACCGGCCGUUAUUCGUCAAACAUCAACAUGCCUGAGCGUCUUGAAUUCGUCGGCAACUUUGAAGUAACGGAAUUUGAACGUCCUUCGUUCAGUUAUGUAGACAUGUCGUCGAUAUUUCACUUAAAAGAUGUGAACUACACCAGACAGUUUGCUCACAUUUACGCUCAUAGACUGGUGCAGAUGAGAGACAUUCUUCAGUCAAAAAUACAUCAAAAAUGGGGUGAAAAUUGUGGUAUUUAUAAAUUAUCUGAAUUACAUGAUAAAGUUGGUGAAGAAUGUAUUGUAAUUGGCACACUAUUUAAACAUCAAGAACUUAAACCUAGCAUUUUGAAGGAAAUUAGUGAAGAAAACAAUCUGAUUCCUCAACCACCCAGAACUCAUUUUGUUUCUGAUACUGAUGAAGUUAUAUUAGAAGAUGAAUUACAAAGAGUGCCUUUAACAUUUGAUGGUUUGAAUGGUGAUAGUUUAUCCUUAAAAAAUAUUAUGACUGGAUGUAUUAUAGCAGUAAAAGGCAUUCCUCAAGAUGGUGGGAAAUUUGACGUACUGGAUUUUUGUUGGCCCACACCAUCAGCCACAUCUAAAGUACUCACUACUCAGAGUUCUGGGGGACAUGAUAGGUUUCUCGUAUUAAUAAGUGGUUUAGAAUUAGCCACAAAUGUUGCUACUAAUUUUCAAGUACAAUUAUUUGUAGAUUGGAUUUAUGGUCUACUGGGCGAUAAAAAUGAAAAUAGUAAAGUUUCAAAAAUUGUUCAAGUUUUAAUAGCUGGAAAUAGCAUACGUAGUACUCCAAUGAAAAAACCAAAUUACCGAGACAAAAUAGAUGAUUUUCCUCGAGAUAUUCAAGCAAUUAAACAGUUAGAUGACAUAUUAUUACAAUUAGCUUCAACUGUUGAUGUCCAAAUUAUGCCUGGAGAAUUUGACCCUACAGACAGAACAUUACCACAACAAGCAUUUCACAAAUGUUUAUUUCCCAAAGCUUCUGAAUAUUCAAGUUUACACAGAGUAACAAAUCCAAAUCAGUUUGAAAUUGAAGGUCAUCUUGUAAUUGGAUCAUCUGGACAAACUGUACAAGAUGUUCUCAGAUUUACAAAUUUAGAGGACCCAAUUGAUAUUAUGGAUAGAAUAUUAGAUUGGGGGCAUCAAAUACCAUCUGCUCCAGAUACAAUUCCAUGUUAUCCAUUCGAAGGACAAGAUCCAUUUAUAAUAAAAGAAAUGCCAGACGUAUUUUUUGUAUCAAAUCAACAAUCAUUUCAGACAUCACUAAAAACAAAUAGCAGUGGUAAACCUACUAGACUUAUAAGUGUGCCAUCUUUUUCGUCAACUCAAACUUGUAUUUUAUUGAAUCUUAAUAAUUUAGAAUGUCAUCCAGUAUCAUUUAAGACAUUUGCUCCUUAACAUCACUCAUUUUAUUUAAUUAAUAAUGUAAAGAAAAUAAUAAAUGCUAAAUAUAUUAUAUAACACACAAACAAUAA